GUACAACUGGUUUGGAAUGAGACUGAAACGAAACUAAACAAUUAAGUUUGCGAGGAGUUUGUGGCGAAGCGAUACGAGGAGAUACACAUGCGGAUAAGUAAAGGACAAAACAAGACUGAAAGAAGAUGGCAAACGACAAUGAACCGUUUGAGGUCCUAGACCUAGAUGCAAUCCGAAGAGGUAACAGCUGGAUACAGAGUGUGUUUGGAGACAUAUCAAGACAGUCCGCAGCGAAGCAAGUUGCUAUCGGAGGAGCUACAGGAUGGAUAUCGGGAUAUUUGUUUGUGAAGGUGGGAAAGAUAGCUGCUGCCACCCUAGGAACAACAAUAAUACUUGUACAGAUUGCACAAUAUAAAGGUUAUAUAAAGAUAGAUUGGAAGAAAGUGCAGAAGGAAAUGAAUCUUGCCAAAAACCAAAUGUCCAAGGAAAUCUCAAAGAAAUACCCUCACUACUCCCAAAACAUGCAGACCUUCUUCAAACAGAACAUAUUUCUUGGAACUGGAUUUGCUGGUGGUUUCUUGAUAGGAAUGGCAUUUUGAGAGUUUUAUAACAGUGAGACAUAGACAGUGCAAGAUCAGUAAAGGUGGAUCAGAAAUAUGAUCAAAAGUAUUCUGUGAGAUUGAAUUCAAGAGAAAAAAAAAUAUAACAUUCGUUUUGAAAUAUUACUUUCUUUCACUCAAACAGUCGUCUGAAGAUAUCGGACCUGAUAUUGGAUGCAUUAUUGGUGUUGGUUAAGCGGAGGCUACGCGACUCUGAGAAAUUGGCUGAUGCUGCAUGUGUGGAGAUUUCUGGAGAUUUUCUUUAUAUUGACUCACUUUUUAAUGCUGAUUGAGUGUGGACACCCGUCCUGUUAACAUACAUGUCAGUGUUUACAUCAUGUUGUAAUCGUUAUGAUGGUUUAGUAACAUUGUUUAAUGCAGAUUGAGUGUGGACACCCGUCCUGUUAACAUACAUGUCAGUGUUUACAUUAUGUUGUAAUCGUUAUGAUGGUUUAGUAACAUUGUUUAAUGCUGAGAGUGAACACCCCUCCUGUUAACAUACAUGUCAGUGUUUACAUCAUGUUGUAAUCGUUAUGAUGGUUUAGUAACAUUGUUUAAUGCUGAGUGUGAACACCCCUCCUGUUAACAUACAUGUCAGUACUCACAUUAUGUUGUAAUCGUUACGAGGGUUUAGUAACAUUGUUUAAUGCUGAGUGUGGACACCCCUCCUGUUAACAUACAUGUCAGUGUUUACAUUAUGUUGUAAUCGUUACGAGGGUUUAGUAUUGUACAUCAUGACUCAGAUUAAUAGGUAAACACUUCGUCCAUCUUAUUCUUUAUAUUUCACAAAUAAAUUGUGCAUUAGUAAAAGUGGAAGUAUUCAUGUUUCGAUCUUCAAGCUAAUCAUGGUAGAGAAAUGUUUGUGUCGGCAAUUAUACUGGAAGACAUUGGAUUGCAUAGAAAAUCGUGUAGACUUUUACAGUAUCCAGUAAAUCAUGUUAAUACUUAGCCCACACAACACUAUGUAUUGAUAUCACAGGGGCCUGGGCAGUUUGAUACUGAUAAACAGACAGACCUUAGAUAUGUACCGGGAGCUGUUCAAAAUAUGUUGAUAACACCACUUUACUAAUUCAGCUGUAUUUGAAACUAUUCUAUCAGUUCAUAAAAUAAAUCAGAACUGUGGUCAAUAAGAAUAGGUAAAAACAGCUGUACAUUUUUGCCAUUUCUGUUAAGUACAAAAUGAAAGUGUAAUAUACAAAUUUGAUUUCAAUUUAGUUAAAUAACUUAAAUGUAAUUUUAACGAAAGAGUAUAUCUAUUAUUUAUCUGUCUAGGGUGAGUGGACCUAUGAGUGUUAAAAAGUCGUGCAAUCAUAUUAUUUGACACAAACUUGUUGGAGUACAGGCAGUAUCUAGACUUAGGAAAGAAAUGUACUGUACUUAACAUAGGUACUAGACUUAAUUAAGGUACCAGGGGCAAAAACAAGUUGAUGAUGUCCCAAACGAAGUGAGUUUCCAUUUGAUUUGAUUUCCGUUAUUAACUAGUCAGUUAUUUUGUUUAUGCUAACAAUUAGUUAGAGACAGAUUUGUUGAGGUUGAAAGUAUUGGCACUAUUUUGUGUAUAUGAACAUUUUUAGUGCUGUUAAUAGGAAUUACAUUCUACUAUAAAUCAUAAUAAUUUUGCCGACUGGUCUUUGAGAAAAAAUUCAUUGUUAAAGUCGCCCUUCAAUGGUUUUAACGCUACAUAACUAUAAACAUAUAUUUACUUGAGUUUUUAACAGUGUUGAAAAUGUCCUUUUGUCCAAGGGUUAAAUGACCAAGAAAUAAAAGAGGGCCAAAAAAUUUCUGUUUUUAAAGAGGACUAUGAUAACUCAUCAUUAAACAAAUUUUUAAAAAACAGAAUUUGGAGACCAGGACCUUUUUAAUAACAAGGACUCAAUAUGACAUGGAAUUGUCCUCUAAAAUGUGAAAGUAAGAAAAUAAGAAAUGAUAUAUCUCACAACCUUAUAUUUCACAGGGCCUUUGGCCUGUUGAUCUUUAAUUUUGAAGUAUUCAUAAAUUAAAACUUGUUUUUAUAAUUGUUACUGAUCCAGUGCUUUCCAACCAAGAAAUUCACUUACUGAUAUUUAUAGAUACGUUUUCAUCAUGUUAUUUCGGAGUAAAUAGGGAAAUUCCUACAAAAUAGGGAGACAUCACAUACAUGUAUUUAAGAUUUGUUGGAGUUUGCCUGAUCACAUCAUCUCCUAAUUUCAGUGAAUACAUAUGUCUGUCGCCUAUUUAAUAUGUAUAUUAGUGCUAUCCCACUCACACAGGUAUGGGAGAAAGCUGUUUUGACUGUGGUGAGAGCUGGACUUGUGACACUACAUUAUUUACCACAGAUCAUCAGAGUAUGAGAUCAGUGACUUCAGGUUACAUCCUAGAAGUGGAUUGUCAGUUUCAUACAAACAAUUUUGCUGCAUAAUAUUGAAAAAUGUAUGUUUUGUUUGUGCAUAAAUGUACAGUAAAAAUGUCUUGCUGAUUAAUGCUAAAAUUAAAUAACUAAAAACU